CUCGCGGUCCUCGCGUGUGCGCGCUUCGCCCGGCGCGGCUCGCCGUGUGCGCCCACUGCAUCUCUGGCACACGCACCUUCAUUAUUCUGUUCGGGAGCAUCGCUCGAGUUUUUCCGUUUCUCUCUCCGUGCGCUCUCAUUGAGUUCUGCGUGCGACGUCGUCCCAUGCCAUGCGGCGACGGCCGUCACCAACGUGCCAGCCACGGUUCCAUCAAAGCGGCGUUACGUGACCUUCGUCUUCCCGGAAAACAAAGGCGCGUGCGUUGCAGCUGCAUCUCCCGUUUCACUGCUCCGCGAUGUCGGCUGGCUCGUGGGAGUUGAGCCCGACCGUAGCGGAGGCAUGCGGCCACACGUGGGAAGGAGGAAACCCUCUCGCACCUCGUUCCGUUCAUAGGUGAUAUCGCUGAUGUGCAUUUUGCUGGCGGUGCCGGGUCUCACCUCGACCGAGACCGUUCCUGGGGGAACAAUGAGCUUCGAGGACUCGAAUGUGACCAGGUGGGCUCAGCCGCCGACCCCGUGCGCGGAGUUGUGCGGGGAGUUGCCCUCAGCGCCCGUCUUCAAGCCGUCGUCACUCGUGCGAGUGGUGGUGCUCGCCGUGAUAGGCGCCCUGUCUCUGGUCGGCAACUCGGCGACGCUGGCGUCGAUAUGGACGCAUCGGCGUCGGCGUUCUUCUCUGUACAUGCUGCUCGCCCACUUGUCCGUGGCCGACCUUCUAGUGACGUUCUUCUGCGUGUUAGCAGAGGCUGCCUGGACGUGGACCGUGCAGUGGGUGGCUGGUGACGCACUCUGCAAACUGGUCAAGUUCCUCCAGAUGUUUGCCCUGUACCUCUCCACUUUCAUACUGGUGGUGAUUGCGUUCGACCGAUUCGCCGCCAUGCGUUUUCCCAUGCGGCGUGCCAGCGCCCGCCGUACUGCAGCCCGCAUGGUGGCCGCCGCGUGGACUACGGCGGCGUUGCUCAGCUUGCCGCAGGUGUUCAUCUUCCGUGUUCAGCGAGGCCCAUUCGUCGAGGAGUUCUACCAGUGCGUCACGUACGGGUUCUACUCUGCACAGUGGCAGGAGCAGCUGUACACCAGCUUGUCGCUAGUCUGCAUGUUUCUCCUGCCUCUCGCCACGCUGGUCACCACCUACAUCUGCACAUUCUACACUAUUUCAGUGCAGCGGAGCGCGUUUGGGUCUGCGAAAAAAUCCAGCAAGGAGCGGGGCGGCCGAAAGUCUGGGCGCAGACGUGGCGGCGACCAGCCCUCAUGUUCGGAGGUUCGGGCCCCGUCGUCGAUGGAGGAAGCCAGGCGGCGCCUGCUGCACCGGGCCAAGAUGAAGUCCCUCAUGAUCACCGUGGUCAUCGUGGCCGCCUUCAUCAUCUGCUGGACGCCCUACUACUGUAUGAUGAUCAUCUUCAUCUUCCUCGAGCCGGACGACCAGCUGACGGAGGAACUGCAGGCGGGCAUAUUUUUUUUCGGGAGCUCCACGGCCAUGAUAAACCCGCUCAUAUACGGCGUCUUUCACCUGCGGCAUCAGAGGCCUUCGAGGGGAUCGCGGCAGUUCAACAGCAGCGCCGCGUCGCGUGCAGUCGACCACUCGACGUUGCUUUUGGCGGGCUCGCUCAAGAAGGCGCCUGCUGCCCCGGCGGCAUCGACGACGGAGCCGCCGCCUCAGUGCGGCGAGGACUCAGUGAAAUCCAGAAGUGGGCGUGGUUGUUCUGUUUCCGAAGCCACCACUGCCUUAGUGGUGGGGAACGGUUGCCCUACGCGGGCGGUGUCGCAUUCCUCCCUGGUCACACAACACCGCAAAGAAAAAAGGAGAGAAGGAGAAUCAGAUGACGAGAGCCACACCGGAUGUCGCACUUCACAAGAGGGUAGUUAGGACUACUGUGUGUGUCCGCGAAUAUGGUGAGAAAAAAUAA